AUGGACGGUCGUUCAAGACAAGCUGACUGUUUAACCUCUCCGGGUUUGUUGAAAAGACUGAGGCAGUUUGUGGACAAGCAUUUCAACACCGUCUCUGCUGCCUCCGAGGGUAUUGCCCACCAUUUACGGCGUUAUGCUCUUUUUCGUGCACUCUCCAGUACCGCAAACCCCCAGUCAUGCUUUAUUCUGACUGGUGAGGACACUGAAGGGGGCAUGUUUACUGGACAUCGGGGCGUGAAUAUCACUUUCGAGAUGCUUGAGGAUGUCGGCGCUGGAUGCUGUGCAAAUGUUGCUUGUAAAACCGAUGUGGGAUGCAUGGAGUCAUCAGUCCUAAAUGCUGAGCCUACAAAAGGAAAGUUAUUAGUCGAAUUGCGAGAAGGAGAGGAAAACCAACGAGCCUGGAACCAAUUUGAAAUAACGCAACGCGACGAUGGGAAACGCGGUAUGUGGCCGCAAACAAAACUGCGAACGCUGGUUGACUCCAAUCCGAACAGACGAGUUAUCGAGGAGAGUCCUACGACUGAACUGGGAUCUUUUCCAGAUAAGCCCCGCCAAAAAAUCAACCCCGGCACCCAAAAAGCUUAG